UUUCUUUUUCUAUUUUUUUAACAUGAAAACUUUUCAUAUUAUGCAAAAUAAAAGAUCAGGCGCUUGAGCUCAGUAAUAUAUAAUAAUGACGAAAUACUGAAUAUACAAAACUUAUAAUACAUGAUAGUUAAUUAUUGCAGUCAGUAUGUGAUCAUCAUGAGUUUACAAGUGUCAUCAGUAUGUGUUCUCACACUUGUCCUCAUAUGAAUGUUAAUUUGUACUCAUGAUAUGUAUCAUCAUAAUAUGAUUACAAGAUGUAUAUCACAUUUCCAUCAACAUCAGAAGAUCAUAUUAUGAUGAAAUCUGAUCAUCACGCAUUGCUAUCUGGGUAAUUAUAAAGUAAAAUGUACACAACCUACAUAUAACCUAUACAUUAAACAAAUUAAUAUAAUAUAUUGAUAUAACCUUGACUUGCUUUCUCUAUAUCUUCUUUAUUUAGAAAUAGAGUCACUUUAUUAGUCACUUUAUUAGUUUCUUCGAUAAAAAUUAGAAAUUCAUAUAAUUGUUCCAUUAUGAUGAAGUUCGUUGUCCGUUAUCUGUUUAUUAUGCACGAAACUACAUGAAAUGCAUAAGGCACGUGUUCCGAAUUGCGCAUGAAACGCGUAGAUUACAUCAAGCUACGCAUCAGCUACCUCAAGUCGGACUUGAGGCAGUCAAUGCGCUGGAAAGAGUCGAAGAACUCAGGGUGCGUUCCGAAUUAGGUUUCGCUAACUAUUUUUCUAAUUACGAAGUUGGUAACUCUGUAACUAACUAACAUAAGUUCCGUUAUGAAUCAGCUGCUCUACAUCGUAUUGUCAUUGUAAAGCUAUUAUACAAUAAUGGAUAUUGUACCUAUAUUGAAUGAAAUAUUUUCCAGUUUAAGUUCGGAUGAUGAAGAAAGUGAUAAAGAAUUAAUAGAUUUUAAUAAUAUAAAUCAAAAUGAAAAUCGCAGACGAAAAAAAGCAAGAGUCACUAAUUUUAUUGAAACUGUUGUGUGUAUAUAUACAACAAUGAAGAAUUUCGAGAAAAUUUUAGAUAUAUUGAGACGUUCUACGUUCAAUUAUCUCUUAUUAUUAUUAAGAGAAGAUUUAGAGGGAAGAAGUAAUUUUGAAAGAAUAACCAUCUCUGCUGAAAAACAGUUGUACAUAGGUUUAUAUGUGUUAGGAACACCAGAUUCGUAUAGAUCUGUAGUCACAAAAUUUGAUGUAAGCAAAGCAACAGCAUGGCGAGCAGUAAAAAGAGUUGUCAAAGGCCUUUGUAAACAUAGAAAUUAUUUUAUUCGAUGGCCAAAUCAAAGAGAAAUGAAUGAUUGCAGACAAAGAUUGCAAAUGCAAUAUGGUUUUCCUGGAGUUAUUGGAGCUUUGGAUGGAACUCAUGUUUGUAUAUCAGCUCCAGCCAAAGAAGCUCAAUGUUAUAUAAAUAGAAAAAGAAGACAUUCUCUUCAAUUGCAGGUGAUUUGCAAUGAUAAGCUAAAAUUUUUGCACUGUUAUGCUGGUCUCCCUGGGUCUGUACACGAUAUGAGAGUGUUUAAAUAUUUAGGAUUCCAGGAAAAAUGCAGUGACGAAUAUUUUUCAAACAAUACGCAUAUCAUUGCAGAUUCAGCUUACAUAUUGCAAAAACAUGUCAUGAUACCAUAUAAAGAUACUGGUCAUUUAACUGAUAAAGAAAUACGUUACAAUAAAUUAUUGUCUAGUACUAGAAUGAUAGUAGAGAGAUCAAUCGGUCUAUUAAAAGGACGAUGGAGAUGUCUUUUAGACAAAUUACCAAUGCCAAGGACGGAUUUGAUUCCUUAUUAUAUAAUAAGUUGUGUUUUGCACAAUAUUUGUUUACUGCAAGAUGAUGAAUUUAAAUAUCCAGUUAUUAUCGAUGACAACAGAAAUGCAGAACCGAGACCAAUGAUAGUAAAUCAAUUGUUACAUAAUGAAGGAUUAAUGAAAAGAGAAAGAAUAAAAAAUAGUUUCAAUAUUUAGUUUGUAACUUAUCCAAUAAAAUUUUAUAUAAUGUUUUUUUUAUCAAUAUAAUAUUGAAUAAUAACUAUAGAUAAUUAUCAAAGGUUUUUAAAUAAAAGAAAUUUAUCACGCUUUUAUAGAUAUAUUGUUUAUUAAAAUCACUUCCUUAUUAGAUAUAGUUUAUAUUUUCUACAUACUUUGAACUAACAUUCCUUAAGUAUGUAAUAAUACAUUUUUGAAAAAUUAACAAAAAUAUUUGCAACAUAAAUUUAGUUAAUUAGCUUCACUCAUUUUAACUUUACUAUUAAUUCUAUAACUCAAAAGUAAUUUAUCGAUAUUAACUCUAUAAUUCAAAAGUAAAUUAUCAUUUCUUACAUCUGCAAAACUUAUUUUCUAGUAAAAUCUUGAAAUUAAUCAGUCUUCUUAUAAUUAACUCUACCAACUACUUUAACAUGAAGUUAAAAUUUUUUAAUGAUAUACAUACAUAUAAAAUAUUUUUGUAGUAACAGAAAACAUUAGUGGUUAAAAUUAUAAUACAUUUUUACAGCACAAUAUAACGUAGAAAUUAAAUUAUUUUAAGAAUAAAUUUUUUAUUAAUUACAUGUUUUAAUUAUUAUUAAAUCAUUAUUAAAAGUACUUUAAUUAAAGUAACUAAGUACAUCACAACAAGUAUACUACAAGAUUAAAUAUAAUAAGAACUUACUUUUUUAGCUUCCAUAUAAGUCUCUUUGGAAACCAAAAAAGUAAACAUUUUUUUUUCAUUUUCACAAUAGAUUUCUAAUUUGUAUUUUUGAUUUUUUAUAUUUGACAUUUUUCUAAAAAUAUAUAUAAUAAAAAAUACUAAUCUCUUGAUGAACAACACUUGCAAUGGUAUCAGCUGAUUCAUAAUGGAACCUACGUUAGUUAGUUACAGAGUUACCAACUUCGUAACUAGAAAAAUAGUUAGCGAAAUCUAAUUCGGAACGCACCCUCAGUACGAUUAGUACAAUCUAGAGAAUUCUGAGCGUUACCAAAGCGCUACUAAUGCGCGCAUUGACUAAAUCGGAACGAUUUUCUAUGCAGUCUAUGCAUUCUAUGCGCAUCUCGGAACGCACCCUAUGUUUUAUUGGCAGAAAUAUAAUAUCUUGUAUUAAAUUUGCAAUCAACUUUGCAUCAAUUUGCAAGAAAAUCUUUUUUCUUGAAUAUGUGUGUUAGUGUUGUGUGGUGUAUUAGUCAUAUGUUUUGCUUAAUUACUAUCAGGUUAUUAAUAGUGUAUUUUACUUUUUGCUCUAUUUAUUUCCGCCGAACAAUUGUUUCAUUUUUUUUAUUUGUUUUUGAACUACAUCUGUUUAUCUUUUUUCUUAAGUUUUUUUUAUUUGGGAUGUUGUAACGGUAUGUUACCUUGUUGCUUCUGCUAUUUAUGCUAUUAGGAAAUUCUAGGGCUGCGUUCCGUUUCAACGCAUAAUGCGCAUAAUGCAUUGUUCAUUCUUGUUUAACGUUUGACCAACAACAAGGAUGAAUGAUGCAUCACGCGUAUCAUGCGUGAAACGGAACGCACUCUAGGUUUUUAUUGUUUUGUCUGAAGUAGUAAUAUAUUAUUGGGAUGUUAUAUUGGUUUUGCACAUAUCCUCCUAUUAUUACGCGGUACUCCUGUGCGCUUUGCAACGAGAUGUUUUUGCUAGAUAGAUCCUCACAAGACCGGUAUUUUACAACCUUUUGCUCAUGGGACUCAUCUAACACAGUUUUGCAGGAAACACUUGCACGUCUACCAUUAUUGCCUCAUCACUCUUGACAAUGGUCGGGCCGCUUCAGUCCGGUAGUGGUCGAAUACGUUAGUUCCGCAUCGACAUGCUGAUUUUGGUUUUCUCAUGGAUUGUUCAAGAAGAAAUAUACUUGAUAGCCAGUUUACAUCUGAUAAUGCUUUUUGAUUGAUAUAAAACAGGUCCUUGUUUAUAAUUAAUAGACAUACUGGAAAUGGUUUUCCAAUCAGACAUUUGAUGCUAUCUAAUUCGGAUGUUGUAGAAUCUACAGAUAGUAUACUGCAGCGCUCGGAGAUAGUUGCCCUUUUUAGCCAGAUUUCAGAGGCGACGCUUACCGUUCCCCCACUACCGUUUAUUGACAGCUGAGCCGCUGAACGCACGUGACCGCCUUAGGCGCGUCCCUAUAAAGAAAUAUACUGGGGGGUUGUAUCUGAAAUAUUUUUCUUGUUAAAUAAUUUUUAUUUUUAUUAAAUAAUUAAAUAUUGAAAACUUUAUUAUUAAUAUUAUGUAUAUAAAGCUAUUAUAUACAUAUAUAAUAUAUGUUAUAAUAUAUUUUUGAUUAAAUAUAAUUAAAUAUAAUUACAAUUUUGACAAUAGCUUUCCACAUCAUCCGUGAGGUACUAUUGUUUGAUGCGUUUUUUUUAAAGUGGUUUUCCCAGUAGGCCUAUUCCACUAAUAAUAAAAUAUUAUGACUUAAGCCAGUUUGUUUAUCAUUUAAUAUAAAUUAAUAUAUCAAAAUCUAAUGCGAUCUUCUAGGUCGUUUGCACAAUUCUACUAAAGAUUGUAUAUCUACAGAUAUUUUAGAAGAACUAACUAGCAUCAGGGAAGAUAAUGAUUCAUCGCUUAAAGAAGAACGUUUAUCUGUUUUUGUAAAUUUCAUUUUUGAAAAAGAACACUCACAUAAAUAUGUGGAUCCAAACAUUGAAAAAAUUCGAAGACCGAAAUUUUUUCAAAGUAGAUAAGAUGAUAUAUCUAAAAUUUUGAAAAAUUCGACCCCUUUUUCUAACCGUGCUUUUAGAGCAAGAUCGCAUUGUAAAUCACAAAGCUUUGCCUGAAGUUCUAAACUUUGUUCCUCGAUUUGCACAGUGAGAGGGUUUUCAAAAAAUAUUAAAUUUUUCCUUAUCAUUUUGAAAUCAGUGAAACGGGUAUUGAAUUUACUAAAAAAUCAAUAAUAUAAGUUUGUUUUCUAAAAUUACAAUUUUUGUCAGAUUCUUCAAAAAGAAUUUGGCAAGAAGGAAAAAAGUGAAAAAUAUUCUCUAAAUGAUUCUUAAAUAAUUGAAGCUUUUUGUGAAAGAAAUCGAUAUGGCUAAUUAAUUGUGAAAUAACUUGAUUUGUCUUUUGUAACUUUAAAUUUAACAUGUUUAAAUGAUUUGUAAGGUCAGUUAUUAAAGCAAGCUCGCAAAGAGAAUCUAAAUCUUCGAAAAAAUGUUAACAUUUAUCAAGUUUUGCAGGAAAUUCUUGUUGUAAGAAAAGGAAGAUCUCCUUUCUUAUUGCAAAAAAUUUUUCCAGACAUUUUCCUGCGCUAAGCCACCGAACUUUGCAAUACAGAGGUAUAUUUGUAUAAGUUGCGUUAUGCUCUUCAAGAAAAUGUUGAAAUUUUCGGUGACUAAGAAAUUUGUGACCUCCUUUAAUUGUGUUAACAAUUUUUGUUACCAUUUGCAUUGCAGUACAUAGUUUUACAACUUUUUCACAUAAUGCUUCUUGAUGAAUUAUGCAAUGAAUUACAGGGACUUUUAAAUCUCGUUUUUUUAAUUGACCAAUGAAUCUGUUUUUUUGACCUUGUCAUUGCGCGCCAUCAGUUACGAUAACUGAACAUUUUGAGAACUCGAUAUUAAAUUUUUUUAGAGUUUCGUUAACAGCUUCAAAGAUAUCAAUACCUGUUGUUGUACUAUGAAGUAGAACAAAAUCUAAGAGCUUCUCGAUACAUGAAAAAUCGUUUUGCACGAUUCGAGCAAAAAUGCUCAAUUGACUCACAUGCCGAUUAUCGGUGCUUUCAUCAAGACAUAACGAAAAGAAAGAACAAGAUUCUAAUAAAGAUUUUAAUCUGUUUUCUAAGGAAAAAGCAAUAUCAUUUACUCGCGAUUUAACUACUUUGUUACUUAGUGGAAUACUAGCAGCUUCUUCAAGAGUCAACGAAUUUCCGAAUGACUCUACUGCUGCGAUGAUGCAUUCCUUUACAAAUUUUCCUUCAGUAAAUGGUUUAGCAUUUUUUACGAUAAGAUUUGAAAUGGCAUACGAUGCUGUAAUAGCUUUUACUGAUGCAUUAUCGAUAUUUGAACUUUCAUCAAUAUUACAACCUUUUUGAUAAAUUAAUUUUAAACCCUCAAUUAAAUUAUAUUUUUCCUGAUCCACAUAUUUUGAGUACUUUUCGGAAUGUUUAACUUUAUAAUGCCUAUGAAGAAUGUACUUUUUAACAAGAGUUGGCUGAUAACCACAUAGAGAAGACAGAUUAUUUUAUUAGAAAUAGAAGUGAAAAAAUUUCUUCCCAUACCUUAUCAAAAUAUUGCACGUAUCUUUGUUUGCUAUCUAUAUUUUUAUCCAAAAGAAAGAAGCUUUAAAAUAAAAAAAUUAAUUUAUUAUUACGCGCCGCAUAUUGGCAGUACCUAGAGAAUCGUCCGGCAACCGGUCUUACCGGAGGAGGACAAACAAGGUUUUACCUGGUUUUACAGUUUGAAAUUAUUGCGUGUUUUUGCUUUUAUCGUCAUCGAAUUCUCAUCUCUGUUGGUUGAUUACAAAUAAUAUUGUUGCGAGCAUGAGUCUCGCACGCGUUGUGAGCACAAGCUUUAGUCUGCGCUCAGGAAAAGUCAAUAUUAUCGUCUCGGUCAGCUGUGUUCAGCAUUAUCAGCGUUGCCAGGAAAAUUGUAAAUAAAAUAAAAUGACGGUGGUGGUUGUUCUUGAGACGUCUUGUCGUGCUCGGGAUAAUUGAGCCUGUAAUCGUGUAUUUCUAAUAUAAUAAAGUUUCUUGCUCGCUACAUACGUGUGCUUAUUUCGCCGCGCUUGUGAGUGAGUGUGAGAGUGCAUUCCGAAGACGCCUCAGCGUAACAAUAUAAAUUUAUUAGAUAUUAUGGAAGGAGGAGGAUGCCAUAGAAUUUAUAUACAUGUCGAAUUUGUCCUGGUUUAUCUCCGGCAGAUCUUCUACGGAGAGAUUGUUCAGUGACUCCGCCUCGUCGAGGACUUGCGAGAGAUUGACGUUAGACGAUCCGUGGGGAGGAGGGGGGAGGCGGGUUUUAAUACUUUAGUGUUAUCAUUAGAAACAGGGAGAGGAUUAUUUUUGUUUCUGGGAACGGUGCUCGAAGCCUCAAAAUCGAAACACCUGAGGGUCACCCGGUCUAAAAAGCGUUGGAUCUGUCUACUGUUGUCCGAAAGAUUGAGGGCGCACGGAGCGCUCCUGUCUAUGUCGUGGAUCAACUUAAGGAUCUUCUCCCUGACUUCUAGGUAUUUGCCAGGUCUAUGUUAAUAUCCUCAUUCCCUUUUUCCAUAGCGAAUAGUGUUGAAAGUUUACUGCCAUACAAACUUCUUUCAACUACCUCAGAUAGGUAGUUUUUCCUGUCCAGGCAGUUCCCGGUUUUUACUACAGGGUGAUCUUCUCACAUUCGCUCUUCUGAACAACGUACAUUGUUUCCCUACAAAGGUUACUUAACUCAGAUGAGAUGGUAGAAUCUGAAUGGAAAACUUUUUUUAAGGGCUUUAUCUUUUUAGCACGUAAGCGUCUUUCGUUUAUAUGAAUGGUUAAUUUUGGACUAUUACCCGCUUUACCUUCCAUACACUUUCUGGUGGUUGUAAAUACUCGAGAAAUUUUUUGCGUACCCUAAUGCAUGUGUUGCAAUCUACGAAAGCGCGCGUUAGCGGAAUUAUAAUACAGCACAUUUAGAGCACUGCUCUAAUUGCUCUUGGGUCCCGAUGUGCAAAUAAUGACGGUAAACGCGAUCAAAGAGACUUGGGUUAGAGUGAUCUAAAUAACACUUGUCGCAAAGGAUUACGUUAUUUAUGCGGUUUAGAUAGAACAAUGACACGGCACACAGCACCGUUUCAUUUUAGUCGUUGUAGGGCCAUUAGUAAUUAUUCUGAUACGAGGUACGGAGAGAUGCGGUGGACACAUCUUAAUUCAUUUUGUUUAAAAUUGAGAUUUUGUUUUUUAACUGGAAGUUUUGUUUUAAAAUCCCAGAAUUUUUCGAUGAUUUGGUUUGUUUGUUUUGACAAAGAACGAUCGAAACUGCGUUCCAUAUUCUCGACGUAAUCUGGUCCAAUCCGGGCGCAGUGCUAGUCUUAAUAGAGAUUCAUUUUAUCUCGACUGUAGUAAUUGAAUCCCAGAGCGAGAUUCUAUCCAUUACGUUAACUAGGUUUGCGACGGCGCCCUCGCUGAGGCCUUCGAGAUGAAUUCUUCCGGCAUUUGACUGGAGGCUCUAGCCAGCUCUCGUCAUUCUGUCCUCAAUCCGAAAUUGUUCACGUAAGACCGUUAUGUUUCUAUCCGCGCCAUUAGUCGUCUUCAUAACGGGACGCAGUAGUUGUAGAAUUUGAGUAUGUGUGAGAGACAGGUUUUGCAGUUCUUUUUACACAGGAAUUGCGCGUGAGCAAAUUCCCUUUUUUUUCUUUGCUCCAUAUUAUCUCUGAGAAAAUCGGGCCGUCUAGCCGACGCGCAUCGUGGAGGACGCACUUGAGCUGCCAGCGAGAAGAUCUUGCCCAGCCCUCUUUCAGUGGCUUGGACGUCGACCACUCCCGACAGGAGAACAUCUCUUGUCGUGCCUAUGACAGUAUCACCCUUAUAGUUACGGAACGCCGAACUUUACUCUAUAAGUUGAUAUAUUCAGUCCCGCAACUUCUGAGAACUCUGUUCAGAGGGAGGUUGAUGUACGCUACAUCUAUAAUUACAAUAUCAGUUGUCUCUAUAUUCUUUAAUUGAAAUUUAGCAGCGCUAAGUUUUCCGGUAGCACGUUUUCCGGCACGCCUAUGGGUCUUGUGUGCCCUGAGCCGGUAUUAUGCACGACACCGCCUGGGGGUUCGUGGACCCUGAGUCGUACAGUCACGAACGCUGCUUGGGGGUGCGUAUGCCCUGAGUGGGUUGCGAGAACGCCUGGGGGUGUGUACACCAUGACUCGCUGAUACACCGACGACGUCUGGGAGUCUUGAUGACUCUGAGUCGAUGUUGCGAUCACGUUACGUCGUACUCUCUCGAAUCGCUCUCGGCAUGCGUGUAAUUUGGCUAUUUAACUUGGAUUUUACGACUUGAUCUGACCGCUGUUUGCUUUCAACUCUCCCGAAUUGGAUGUGCGCCUUUUUAUGUGUUUCUGUCCGUUUUCUCGAAUUUUCUCGUAAUUUCUUGUAGCGUUGCUUAUGAACAAUGUCACAGAGUUUGAGACGGACAAAGGGUCGCCCAUCAAAGACGCUCAUUCUAUGCCAGACAUUGCGUCAUCCUUAUACAGGUUUGUGCAUGCACACGCAAGCCGCGUACGACUCUUGUACAUUCGAUCGUAUUGUGACGUGUUCAUAAUUUAUUAUUAUGUUUUGUUAUGUUUAUUUAUCUGUCGUGCACGACUAUACAUGCAACAAUUAUGUAGUUGUAAAUUAGAUUUUCUAGGAUGUUUUUAAGUGCAAUAUUAGAUAUUUUGUCUAGGCCGUUUGAUUUUUUAUUAUUUAGUUGUUUGAAUUUUUUAUUUAUGUAGAGGUCGAUAAAGUAAUUUUUGUAUUCUUUGGGGAGGAUUUGCGUUAUUAGCUGUGUUUGUCUCACUGAAGCCGCUUAACAUUACUCGAUAUGUUCUUCUGUCAGUUGAAUGUGAACCAUUUGUUCUGUAUCUAACAGUGUCUCUGUAUCUGUUUCUUGUGUGGUAUUUGACACAAUUGUAGCUCUGCUUGCAUGCAACAUGGAAUCAACCUUACCUGAUUGCGAGGGAGUAGGUAAGACAAUAUUUGGCUUUUUUCUGCACAUCGCAUCCGCGAUUCUAUUAAUUGCAGUUACAGCUUUUUGGGUUUCUUUGGCUGUAUUUUUGAGCGAUCUCCUCAUUUGUGUGUUUACUGCAGAUGUAACAUUAUUAUAAUCACAAUCAACAUUACAAUUAUUAUUAUUUAUUUAUUACCUUAUAAAAUAAUAAAGUCUAUAAAUGUAAUACCUGAUGUCAUAUUGCAGUUUUCAUCUUUGUCGAUAUUAGGUGUACAAAUGAAUAAUCCAAUUUUUUCAACUACAUUCAAGGUUUAUUUAAAAAAAAAAGUAAAUUGAAUUGUUCAAUCAAAGUAUUCGCUGUUGCUUUUUAUAACUUUAAGCCAUCUUUCAGGCAGCUGAUGAAUUCCAUCUCGAAAAAAUGUUACGUCUUUGGACACGAUAAAGUCGUUAAGCCUUUUCGGAUCUUAUCCACUGAUUGGAAGUGCAUAUCAGACAAGGCGUGUUGCAUCGACCGGAACAAGUGGUAAUCAGAUGGAGCAACGUAUGGUGAAUACGUCGGGUGCUGCAAGACGUCCCAGCCAAGACUCAUUACAGUGUCUUUUGUAUUGGAAGCAAUGUGUGGUCUGGCGUUGAAAUAUUUGAUGUUUUUGCAUCAUCGCCAAUAAUGUUGUCUUCUUGAGAAUCCUCGCAGAUAGAAUCUCGACUGACAUUUGUUUGAGUUUUACAAUCGAAAUAGUAAUAAUUAUAAUUAAUUGUUACGUCUAAUCUUAUGGGAUUUAAUUUUUAUUUAACUGGUUGUAAAAAUAUUCCAAAGGAGUGCAGGUAAGGCAGAAAAGGACGUAACGAAUCUUAGCUUUUGUAGGCACGCAAGUGGAGAAAGGGUAGGUGCCUCGGGUCGAACGCACUUUUUGUCACUGAAAAAUGUAGAUCAGUGUACUGAUAAGUUCGUUAUAAUUCUGUUUUUAAGUCAUGCGCUUGUAGGUUCAAAUUUUGAGUUAACAAAUCGAAUUGCUUUAACUUAGGACAAUGUGCAACCUUUGAUACGUCGUCUCGUAUUUUCGCGACUUGAUUUUCCAUGCCUCCACACUUGUUUCUGCGGACGCACUUCUCAGCGCGUCUGUCAGCGUCGAUAGGCCCCUACGGGCCAUCGCCGCAAUCUUGUUAUCCUUCCCUCAGUGUUCUCAGAUGCACUUCUCAGAGCAUCUAUUUGCGCCGAUAGGUCCCUACGGGCCAUCGCCGCAACUAAUCACCCUCUCACCCUUGAAAUAAAGAAAUAAAA